AUCUCAACUUUCUCUCUCCCUCUCUCUCUACAAAGACUUCUCCUUGUGUCUCUCUUUCUCUCUCUAUAUUUAUUUUUUUUCGGGUGUCUCUAUUCUUUCUCUCUCUUUCUCGUAUCGCUCAUAUCUCAUCCCUCCCUCCUCUCGCUUCCUUGCCCUAAUCUCUCUCUAUCUGCUUCUCUCUGUCUUCACUCCAUUAAUCAAUCUCUUGAUAUUGAGGUUGUUUUACUUGAUUUUGAUUUUUUGAUCCCCAAGGAAGAUUCGUUGUAUCAUCUUUUAUUGGAAUAAAAUGUGGCAAGUAAUAGUGGCCUGAAUAAACCAAGUUGCUGAUUCAUUUGCUUUGGAAGCUCGGACCUUUGUGGUUGACCUGAGGAACAGCAGAAUAAGGCUUUGCAGAGUUAGGCUUGUUAUCUUUCUGGCCUAAAUGCUCAACUCAUUUAUUAACUUAUAUGCAUUUGCAUUCUUUGUCACAAUGUGACACCCUGGAUUUGAAGAUGAAGGAUAAUGGUUCAUCAACUAGUAGGAUGAUUAACCGAAACUGGGUCCUGAAGCGCAAACGAAGAAGGCUUCCAUGUGGGCAAGACGUGUCCAAUGGAAAAGAAGAUAAUUCAUUGGCUUUAGAGUCUCCAAGAAAUAAUUCUUCAGGUAAGCGCAGGUUGAAGGGUGACAUAAAUUCUGUUCGAAGUGCAUCCAAGAAGAAAGGAAAUGAUGGGUAUUACUAUGAAUGCGUCAUUUGUGACCAUGGUGGCAAUCUGUUGUGUUGUGAUAGCUGUCCUCGAACCUAUCAUCUUCAGUGCCUUGAUCCACCUCUUAAGCGCAUUCCGUUAGGGAAGUGGCAGUGCCCAAACUGCUGUGACAAAAAUGGUCCAGUCAAGUCCAUUGGCCAUCUGAAUUCCAUCUCAAGACGAGCAAGACAAAAAUCUAAGUCAAAAUCUCAAAGUGGAACUAAGUCAUCUGGUAGUGAUAAAGUAUCCCAGAUUUUUGGUAAUUCUACUGUUUCCCGGAAAAGAUCCUCCAGCAAAGGAAAAUCAGUUACAACUGAGGACAUCAAACCCUUGGAAAAGGAACUGGGUUCCUCCCAGAUAGAUGAAACUUGCAGCACCAAGCCUAGUGGUACAUCACUAGAUGGUCAUGUAGAGGGCCGUUCAUCAUGUGUAAAGAUAGAUGAUGGAGGAAAAGCUAGUGCGUCUCCAAUGGAUUCAUCUGGAGAGAUGAAAUCAAGUUUUUGUAUUGAGGAAGGACGGUCUAAAUCUAGAUGUACAAGUCCAGAACAAAAUGAUGAAGCAGCUGAGGGUAAGCAUGAAUUGUCUAGUAAUAGUGAGUCUCCAAAAAACAAAAUUGUUCUUGCAAUUGGUGCUGUUAUGGAUAAAGGUAAAAGAAAAAGACAUGAGAGUAAUGAUAGGGUUGAUAUAAAGAAGCAAAGCAUUGAUAAGGGAAAACAUUCUACUGGUACUUCUAAGAAACGUGGGUCCAAAAUUUUUACUGUGAGUGCUGGAACUGCUAAAUUGCCUCAAAAGCAGAAAAGUGUUAAUCGCGGGGCUUCUGAUUUUUUGUUGAAGGAUGAUAUGGGCAUUGAUAUACGGAGAAAAGAAGAGAUGCUUCCCAAGGAAGAAACACGCCUGCAAGAUGAAUUAGAGAAAGCUGAAUUUCAUGGGGAGGCAGUGUUGAUUCAUGAAGAUAAUGUUCCCCGUGAAUAUCUGCAGGUUGACCGGAUCUUGGGAUGUCGAAUUCAAGUUGAUAACGGAAGCUCUUUAAGUCAGAUAUCCGCUGCAGUUGCAAGUGAGUUGCCUUCUGAUGAUACACCAGUUUUGGAAAAUCAAAAUAAACUACCUGAAGAAUCCUCUGCAUGUGAUAUUGACUUAGAUACAGAAGCUGCUUUACAUUCUACUGAGGCAUGUCCUAGUAUUGUCAAAAGUUCUGGCAAUAAAUGCUUGAAGACUAACAGUGGAGUAAAGAAAAUAAAUGUAUACAGAAGAUCAAUGACUAAAGAAUGCAAAGGAGGUAAUUCUUUGGAUUUAUCGAGGGAAGAUAACAGGGAUUCGGAUUCUGCAGCUGUAAGUGUUAAAGAUAGGGAUGAGCCUGCUUUAUCUUCAGAAGAUUCUGAAAAAGGAAAUGGGAAGAUGGCAAUAAAGUUGGAUGCUAAUGUUAGUUUGAGAAGUCAUGAUGGCAAUGAAGAUACAAAAGAUUGUGAAAAACAGACAUCUGAUCAAACCAUAACGACAAAAAAUGGAGAUAUAGAAAUAAAGGUAAGAAAUAUUGCUGAAAAAAGAAUUCAGGAGCCUGCUGUAGCUGAACCAGCUAAAAGAGAGAAAAUAUCAUGUGAAUUUCUAGUUAAAUGGAUGGGAAAGUCGCAUAUCCAUAAUAGCUGGCUUUCUGAAUCUAGCCUGAAAGUUCUGGCAAAGAGAAAGCUAGAAAACUACAAGGUUAAGUAUGGGACGGCUAUGAUAAAUAUCUGUGAAGAAAAGUGGAAACAACCUCAGCGAAUAAUUGCACGCCAGCUUAGGAAAGAUGGCACUCGUGAAGCUUUUGUAAAAUGGACUGGUCUUCCUUAUGAUGAAUGUACUUGGGAAAGAUUGGAUGAGUCUGUACUUGAGAAGUUCUCGCAUCUUGCAAAUCUUUUUGAUCAAUUUGAACAUCAGACACUAGAAAAAGAUGCUGGCAAGGAUGAUUCAUUAGUCCAAGGGUGAUAGUCAGCAAACAGAGUUGUUACUCUCACAGAGCAACCUAAUGAACUUAAAGGGUUUGUGUUUCCUCAUCAGCUUGAAGCCCUGAAUUGGUUGCAUAACUUGCUUAAUUUCUUGCAGCCAUCUUCUUUCCCCUCUCUAUCUUCAUUCGAGGAGAAGUUUAAUGAUCUUACAACUGCUGAGAAAGUGGAGGAACUGAAGAAACUUGUUGCUCCGCACAUGCUGCGAAGGCUUAAAAAAGAUGCCAUGCAAAAUAUCCCACCAAAGACUGAACGAAUGGUUCCUGUUGACUUGUCGUCCAUCCAAGCUGAAUAUUAUCGUGCAAUGCUGACAAAGAACUAUCAGAUAUUACGAAAUAUUGGAAAAGGGGUGGCGCAGCAAUCAAUGCUAAACAUUGUGAUGCAGUUAAGAAAAGUUUGCAAUCAUCCAUAUCUCAUACCAGGCACUGAGCCAGAAUCUGGAUCAUUGGAGUUUCUCCAUGAAAUGCGGAUUAAAGCUUCAGCUAAGUUGACUCUGCUGCAUUCUAUGCUUAAGGUGCUGUACAAAGAAGGUCAUAGAGUUCUGAUAUUCUCACAGAUGACCAAACUUCUUGACAUUCUUGAGGAUUACUUGACUAUAGAAUUUGGGCCUAAAACAUAUGAGAGAGUGGAUGGCUCUGUUGCAGUGGCUGAUCGUCAGGCAGCAAUAGCACGUUUUAACCAAGAUAAAAGUCGGUUUGUCUUCCUGUUAUCCACUCGCUCUUGUGGCCUUGGGAUCAACUUGGCAACAGCAGAUACUGUCAUUAUCUAUGAUUCUGAUUUCAAUCCUCAUGCUGAUAUCCAAGCAAUGAAUAGGGCCCAUCGAAUUGGUCAGUCAAAUCGACUUUUAGUCUAUAGGCUUGUUGUUCGUGCCAGUGUUGAAGAGCGCAUCUUGCAGCUUGCAAAAAAGAAGCUGAUGCUUGAUCAACUUUUUGUGAACAAGUCUGGGUCACAGAAAGAAGUGGAAGAUAUUCUAAGAUGGGGAACAGAGGAACUUUUUAAUGAUUCUCCUGGCAUGAAUGGGAAAGAUGCAGGUGAAAAUAAUAGCAAUAAAGAAGAGGUAAUAAUAGAUAUAGAAUACAAGCACAGGAAGAAGGGUGGUGGUCUGGGAGAUGUUUACCAGGACAAAUGUACUGAUGGAAGUGGAAAGAUUGUGUGGGAUGAAAGUGCAAUCUUAAAAUUGCUUGACCGGUCAAAUCUUCAGUCUGGGUCUAGUGAUGGCGCAGAAGGAGAUUUGGAGAAUGAUAUGCUUGGCUCUGUAAAGUCCUUGGAAUGGAAUGAAGAAACAACCGAAGAACAGGGGGGGGAAUCACCUCCUGUUGUUACUGAUGAUGUUACUGCACAAAACUCUGAAAGGAAGGAAUAUAAUGCAGUAAAUAUUACUGAAGAAAAUGAAUGGGACAGACUUUUGCGAGUGAGGUGGGAGAAAUAUCAGAGUGAGGAGGAGGCAGUUCUUGGUCGAGGGAAGCGCCAGAGGAAAGCUGUUUCUUAUAGGGAAGCUUAUGCUCCACAUCCAAGUGAAGCAUUAAGUGAGAGUGGUGGCGAAGAUGAAAGGGGGCCAGAGCCAGAACCACAGAGGGAAUAUACACUGGCAGGACGGGCUUUUAAAGCAAAGUUUGCUAAGCUCCGUGCUAGACAAAAGGAGCGGCUUGCUAAAAGGAGCUUGAUUGAAGAAUCUUGGCGUAGUGGUUUACUGCCAGGCACUGAUUCACUCCCUGAGUUUCCUGUCAGGGUGAAAAAUGGCGAGCAUGUGACAGAGUCAGUUCAAGAUGACAAAGACAAAUCUCCAGUAAUUGACUUGGAGGAUAAUAAACCCACUCUGCCAAUAGAUGCACCAAAGAGCAAGGCUGACUCGACUUUAAGGCUUGGCAGGCUACCAAAGCAUAGAAUGGGCAGUUAUUUUGAUAUUUCUGUUAAUCCUCUUAUCCGUUCCUCUCCUGAUGUUAUGCUUCCAGAUCAACAUCACCAAGGCACUGGCUACACAAAUUUACUUCCUUCCAACAACUUACUACCAGUUCUAGGGCUAUGUGCCCCAAAUGCCAGUCCGUUGGAAUCAUCCCACAGAAACAUUUCAAGGUCUAAUGCCAGGCAGAGCAGGCCAGGAGCUGGGCUAGAGUUCCCUUUCAGUCUAGCUCCCAAUUCUGGAGUCUCAAGUGAGAUAGAAGCCCAGGGGAUAACCUCGGACAAAUUGAUCUCACAAGAUGCAUCAGCAGAAAUUCUGCAACAGCGGCUGAAGAAUAUGAAUCCAAAUGGUUGUCUUCCAUUUAUUCCGUAUCCUCCAAUUGUUCCACAAGGAAGAGGAUCUGAUUGUUUCGAAAGUUCUGGGGCAACUUUUGCUGAUUUGCAAGAAAGAAGGUCACUGUCUAACUUGCCUUUUGAUGAGACAUUAUUGCCUAGAUUACUCCCUCCAGCUAAAAGUAUUGCGACUCCACAGCGUGACUUGUUGCCAAUCCUAUCACUAGGGAGUAGACUUGAAGGAACAAAUGACUCUAUACAAGAUCUUCUGGCAAUGCCAUUGAUUCCCAAUUUGAAGUUUCCCUUACAGGAUGGAACUGGGUAUAAUCGGCAAGAAAGGGAAGCCCCUCCUACAUUGGGAUUGGGUCAGAUGCAAUCUACAUGUUCAUCUUUUCCUGAAAACCACAGGAAGUUGCUUGAAAAUAUAAUGAUGAGGACUGGUUCUGGAUCAAGCCACUUAUAUAAAAAGAAAACAAAAGUGGAUGGAUGGUCUGAAGAUGAGCUUGAUUUCCUCUGGAUUGGUGUUCGUAGGCAUGGCCGAGGAAAUUGGGAGGCAAUGCUUAGAGACCAAAGGUUAAAAUUCUCAAGGUACAAGACUUCAGAGGAUUUAGCAGCUCGGUGGGAGGAGGAACAAAAUAAACUUUUAGAUAGUUCAGCUCUUCCAGGGUCAAAAGCAAGCAAGCAUACUAAGUCAACUAACUCUUCAUUUUUUCCUGGUAUUCCAGAGGGAAUGAUGACGCGGGCUUUACAUGGAGGCAAAUUUGUUAUGCUGCCAAAAUUUCAAUCCCACCUGACAGACAUGAAAUUGGGCUUUGGUGAUCUGGCUUCCGGCCUCCCAUCUUUUGAACCAUCUGAUCAACUUGGUUUGCAUAAUGAGCAUUUGCCACCCAUCCCAUCCUGGAGUUCCGAAAGGUUUGGUUCAAAUUUUUUUGGAGAUCUUUCUGCAGGCUCCUCUGAUAGACCAGGGACAUCAGGAAAUAUUCCCAUUGAGAAGCCAUUUCUACUUAACUCCUUUGGAGCAAGUAACUUUGGUUCGCUAGGUUUGAAAUGCCCUAGUAGCUUGGAUAUACAGAGAAAGGAAGAUGAAUGUAGUGCUAGCAAGUGUGGGAAAUUGCCUAGUCUUCUAGAUAGACCAUCAUCCAGGUUGUUUGAUUCCCAGAAUAAUCUUGGUAGUGGUGAAUCCACCGGUUCAGGGCUGCGCCCUGAGCAAAAGAAACUGUUGCAACGUUGCCAUUCAAAGGGAAAAGAGAUAGUUGGAAGUUCUUCAGAGAACAAGCUGCCGCACUGGCUAAGAGAAGCUGUAGGUGCUCCUGCCAAAUCACCAGAUCCAGACCUCCCACCAACUGUUUCAGCAAUAGCUCAAUCAGUCCGUGUACUGUAUGGGGAAGAUAAGCCUACAAUUCCCCCUUUUGUGAUACCAGGUCCUCCCCCGCCUGAACCAAAGGAUCCGAGACGAAGUCUAAAGAAGAAAAAGAAACGGAAGUCACAAUCAUCCAUGCAUGCCCUGUCAGAUUUUGCUGGAAGCAGCCAGAACCUACAAAGCUACCUACAUGGUGACAAUCCAUCAUCGAGCUUGAUUCCAUUGGCUCCACCAUUUCAGUUUCUUCCGCAAUCAUUUAGCGGAACAUCAAGACAUCCUUGGGUUGAACCGGACCUGAACAUGGCUCCUCUCAGUUUGAAUAUGGUGGACCCAUCAUCUUCAUCUGCAUAUAAGGUCCCACCAAAGAGAACAAGCAUGGGCUUGUCCCCUUCGCCUGAAGUCCUUCAAUUGGUAGCAUCCUGUGUUGCAGCAGGCACAAGUUUGCCCCCAGUUUCAGGCAAGACAAGCUCAAGCUUCCUAGAAACCAAGGUUCCUUUGCCAAAAUCAGUUGAUCAAGUUGGAGUUCCAGAAACUGAAGCUGCUCUUGAGAAACCAAUGCCUAAGCUGAGCCCUCCUGAUAUUGAGCGUCAACUUUCUGAGGAAAGAGUGGAGGAGCAUGACAGUAAGGAUUCCAGUAAGACUCAGUCUGAUCCGUCCAGGCCAGAGCAGAUGGAUGUUGAAGAAAUAUCCUCAGAGGGGACUGUGUCUGAUCACCCCUUGACUGACCAAGAACAAUAGCUGUAACAUGGAGGAAGAGGCAGAACAAUAUAUUUUUCUGGGUUUCAAGGCAAGUGAGGUUCCAGGCUUUUGGAUGAUGUGCUCGAAUUUUUGUUAGGAAUGAUGCAGCUGAGUGAAGUAGGCAUAUAGGAUGGGGUAGGAGGUAUAUGUCUCUUUGUGUAAAGCUUUUGUGUAAGAGAAUGAAAUAUAUAUAUAUAGCGUUGCAUUUCAUUGAUAUUGAUUUUUGCGGCCUUUGUCUCAAAGUCCACGAGACUUAUGUAGGCUUUGAACAGUUGAUGAGUAUUUUCCUGUAUGCUGAGUUUCCUUUCCGAUCCUCAAGUCACCCGAGUGAAGUUCCAAGAGAAUCCGUGAUUUCAGAACGAUUUGAAA